CCCGUCCGGGUGACGGCACACGUUUGGGUGACGUAGCGCCGUGCCGCGGCAUCAUCUGCGGGCGCCGCGGGCAGCAGCUCCCCGCGGCCGGCGCGAUGAGCGCGGACGAUGAUCUGAGCCUGCUGGUCGUAAUCAUUGACACCAACCCCAUCUGGUGGGGGAAGAAGGCGCUAGGAGAAGCUGGGCAGUUCACCCUAUCAAAAUGCGUCGACGCAGCGAUGGUGCUGGGAAAUUCACACUUACUUAUGAACCGCAACAACAGACUUGCUAUGAUAGCAAGUCACACACAAGAAAGCCGUUUCUUGUACCCUGGGAAGGGUUGGGCUGCUGCAGAUCUCUUUGGAGAUGGUGGUAGUUCCAUGGAAUCUAAUUGCUCUGGCAGCAAAGAUGGAAAAUAUGAAUUGUUAACAGCAAUCAAUGAUGCAAUUGCAGAAGAGAUUAAAGACCUCAUGACAAAAACUGACAUGAGGGGCCAGCAAACAGAAACUCUGUUAGCAGGAUCACUCGCUAAAGCACUUUGUUAUAUCAACAAGAUGAGCAAAGACGUAAAAGGCAAUCAAGAAAUGAAGUCAAGGAUUUUGGUCAUAAAAGCAGCAGAAGACAGUGCAUUGCAAUAUAUGAAUUUCAUGAAUGUGAUCUUUGCAGCACAGAAACAGAGUGUUUUGAUUGAUGCUUGUGUGUUGGACUCUGAUUCAGGUCUUCUACAACAGGCUUGUGACAUUACGGGUGGCAUGUAUCUGAAAGUGCUCCACAUGCCAUCCCUUCUGCAGUAUCUGUUGUGGGUGUUUCUCCCCGAUCAAGAGCAAAGAUCACAGCUUGUCCUUCCACCUCCCAUUCAUGUUGACUACAGAGCUGCAUGCUUCUGCCACCGAAAUCUCAUCGAAAUCGGUUACGUGUGCUCUGUGUGCUUGUCAAUAUUCUGCAACUUCAGUCCUAUUUGUAGUACAUGCGAGACUGCUUUCAAAAUAUCAUUGCCACCUGUCAUGAAGGCUAAGAAGAAGAAAUUAAAGUUAGCUGCGUAACAACAUUAUGUAAAUACAUCAUUACAUCAUUACCUCCUCCAGUAAUUCCAUAAAACGGAACAUACUUGAGAAAUUGAUGGCACUUUUUAUUGGAUACGUGAGAGAACUGUAUGCAGUGUUAUUGCUUGUUUCUUAAGGGUUAAAUAUUUAAAUCAUAUGUGUUCUACACAGCCCUCUAAGUAACAAAUCACUGUAUUGCCAUGUAACCUGUGCUGUUUUAAAUGUGAGAGGAACCAGAAGUUACAGCCUGUUAAGAGACAUACCCUGGGAAGGAGAAUUUAUUCUGGCCACUGCCAAAGUUUCACUCCUCCAAGUUAUUUUCAAAGAUAAGAAAACUGAUUCUUUUUGUAUGUCGGUGUGAAGGUAAGAAUGACCAUUUCUAGUGAGUAGGAUCAGAACCUUAGCACUGUGUUAUUCAGGGAACUUCAACUUCUUGCUAGGUUUUGCUAGCAAUUUUUGGGCUGCCCUACAUGUGCACUCACAUGUAUUCAUAUUCUUUUGACUGUACUGUCUUUGUGGUAUUAACUUCCUAAUUGGAUAUCUGUUCAUUUGUAAAUAAAAAGGCCUCCAUUUGUGUAAAGUAACUUCAGGCUAGCUGCUUAGUCUUUAAAGUUGCAUUUUGAAACUGGAAAAUGUAAUUCUAUGCAAUAUGACAGUUUUUAGUAUGUGGUUUUACAGCUGGCAUUUGACAAGUAAUUAUGAAGGCUUUUGUUUUGGUGGGUUUAUGGCAGAACAUGAGGGUAUGCUGUGUACUUCUGAACAUGACUUUGAUUUAAACAACCAAAUAUUCUCCCCCUUUGAAAAAGCAACUGUAUGGUUUGGUGGUUUAACCUGUUGGUUGUAACUGGUGUUCUCCUGGAAGGAAAACAGAGAGUAACUGUUUCCUACAUUAAAAAAGACAAAUACUUUUUUCCCCAAGGUGUGCACAGGAAUUUAUGUCAUGUCUUGAUACUUGCAUCAGGGUUUAUCAGUGUAACAACUGCAGUACCAGUCUUUUACUGCCUUGUUUACUGUCUGUUUUGCUUGAAGGCUGUAUUUGUAAUUCACUUUGUAUAAGAAGUUUGUAAUAAAACCUUUUCCUUUUCAAA